GUGUGGCGGUGGUAGUGGGGGCACGGAAAGCCCACAGUGGUGUGAGCGCUGGGGCUGACUGUGGUCACAGUCCCCGCUGCGCCCUAUCGGGGACUUAGGCUUGCUCUGGGAGUAACUUUGAGGGAGAGGAGAACAGAGAGGAGGCCAGAGCCGGAGCGGGCCCAGACCAGUCGUCAGCGUCCUGCCUGCCAGCGAGACCCAGGGCGGCCCCUCCAGGCUGCUCCGCUCCUCCCAAAGGAUGCUUUGGGAGUGAGGAGGGGCUGGCCUGCUCCUCGCCCCUGAGCACUCUCUCCAUUCCCCUGUCUCUCCCAAGGCUUGCCGCAAUCAGGCUAGCCCUUCUACUGCUGUCCAUUUGGGGUCCAGCACAAUAACAGAGGACAGUGAGGAGGACUUCCUGGAGGGGGUGAUAGCCCACACCAGAAGCCAUCUGUAGCCUGGACACCAUGGGGCUCCCAGGUGUGAUGCCAGCUCCAGUCCUCAAAGGCCAGUUGUUGCUGUCCCUGCUGUUGCUGCUGGGACCACAGAUCUGCCAAGGUCUGGUCAUCACGCCCCCUGGGCCAGAGUUCGUCCUCAACAUGUCCAGCACCUUUGUUCUGACCUGCUCGGGUUCAGCUCCAGUGGUAUGGGAGCAGAUGUCCCAGGCGUCCUGGCAAGAAGCGGCCAUGAAUCAGGACGGCACCUUCUCCAGUGUGCUGACAUUGACCAAUGUCACUGGGGGAGAUACUGGAGAAUACUUCUGUGCCUACAACAACUCCCUAGGGCCAGAGCUCGGUGAGCGGAAGCGCGUCUACAUCUUCGUGCCAGAUCCCACCAUGGGCUUCCUCCCGAUGGACUCUGAGGACCUAUUCAUUUUCGUUACGGACGUAACAGAGACGACAAUUCCAUGCCGAGUGACAGACCCCCAACUGGAGGUGACAUUGCAUGAGAAGAAAGUGGAUAUCCCCCUGCACAUACCCUAUGACCACCAGCGUGGUUUCAUCGGCACUUUCGAGGACAAGACUUACAUCUGCAAGACCACCAUUGGGGACAGGGAGAUGGACUCGGAUACCUUCUAUGUCUACAGCCUCCAGGUGUCAUCCAUCAAUGUCUCUGUGAACGCAGUACAGACCGUGGUCCGCCAGGGUGAGAGCAUUACCAUCAAGUGUAUUGUGAUGGGAAACGAUGUGGUCAACUUCCAGUGGACAUACCCCCGCAUGAAGAGUGGGCGGCUGGUGGAGCCGGUGACAGACUACCUCUUUGGGGUGCCCUCCCGCAUUGGCUCCAUCCUGCACAUCCCCACUGCUGAGCUGAGUGACUCGGGGACCUACACUUGCAAUGUGUCAGUGAGUGUGAAUGACCAUGGAGACGAAAAGGCCAUCAACAUCACUGUGAUCGAGAGUGGCUACGUGAGGCUGCUGGGAACACUGGGUGACAUACAAAUCGCUGAGCUGCACCGGAGCCGGACAUUGCAGGUGGUGUUCGAGGCUUAUCCGCCACCCACUGUCCUGUGGCUCAAGGACAACCGUACCUUGGGUGACUCCAGCGCCGGCGAGAUGGUUCUGUCCACCCGCAACAUAUCGGAGACCCGGUACGUGUCAGAACUGACCCUGGUACGCGUGAAGGUGGCAGAAGCCGGCAGCUACACCAUGCGGGCCUUCCACGAGGACGCAGAGGCCCAGCUCUCCUUCAAGCUGCAGGUCAACGUCCCUGUCCGUGUCCUGGAGCUGAGUGAGAGCCACCCUGCCAAUGGGGAGCAGACCAUCCGCUGUCGCGGCCGGGGCAUGCCUCAGCCGAACGUCACCUGGUCUACCUGCAGAGACCUCAAAAGGUGUCCACGAAAGCUGUCACCCAUACCCUUGGGUAACAACAGUUCCAAGGAGGAGAACCAGCUAGAGACUAAUGUGACUUUCUGGGAGGAAGAACAGGAAUAUGAGGUGGUGAGCACAUUGCGCCUGCGUCAUGUGGAUCAGCCGCUGUCAGUACGCUGUAUGCUGCAGAACUCGAUGGGCAGAGAUGCGCAGGAGGUCACCGUGGUACCACACGGUGACCCUGCCUUCAAAGUGGUGGUGAUCUCAGCCAUCCUGGCCUUGGUGGUUCUUACCGUCAUCUCUCUCAUCAUCCUCAUCAUGCUGUGGCAGAAGAAACCACGCUAUGAGAUCCGAUGGAAGGUGAUCGAGUCGGUGAGCUCCGAUGGCCAUGAGUACAUCUACGUGGACCCUGUGCAGCUGCCUUAUGACUCCACCUGGGAGCUGCCGCGGGACCAGCUUGUGCUCGGACGCACUCUAGGCUCUGGAGCCUUCGGACAGGUGGUGGAGGCCACGGCGCAUGGUCUGAGCCAUUCACAGGCCACCAUGAAAGUGGCAGUCAAGAUGUUGAAAUCUACAGCCCGAAGCAGUGAGAAACAAGCCCUCAUGUCAGAGCUGAAGAUCAUGAGUCACCUUGGACCCCACCUGAACGUGGUCAACCUGCUGGGAGCCUGUACCAAAGGAGGGCCCAUCUACCUCAUCACCGAAUACUGCCGCUACGGAGACCUGGUGGACUACCUGCACCGGAACAAGCACACCUUCCUGCAGCGCCACUCCAACAAGCCCCGCCCACCCAGUGCUGAGCUCUAUAGCAACGCCCUGCCCGUGGGGCUCCCCCUACCCAGCCCCUUGUCCCUGACUGGGGAGAGCGACGGCGGCUACAUGGACAUGAGCAAGGACGAGUCUGUGGACUACGUGCCUAUGCUGGACAUGAAAGGAGACAUCAAGUAUGCAGACAUUGAGUCCUCCAACUACAUGGCCCCUUACGACAACUAUGUCCCAUCCGCCCCUGAAAGGACCUAUCGGGCUACCUUGAUCAAUGAUUCACCGGUGCUUAGCUACACAGACCUCGUGGGCUUCAGCUACCAGGUGGCCAAUGGCAUGGAGUUCUUGGCCUCUAAGAACUGUGUUCACCGAGACCUGGCGGCCAGGAAUGUGCUCAUCUGUGAGGGCAAGCUGGUCAAGAUCUGUGACUUUGGCCUGGCUCGAGACAUCAUGCGGGACUCCAACUACAUCUCCAAGGGCAGCACCUUCCUGCCUCUGAAGUGGAUGGCCCCAGAGAGCAUCUUCAACAGCCUCUACACCACCUUGAGUGACGUGUGGUCUUUCGGGAUCCUUCUCUGGGAGAUCUUCACACUGGGUGGCACCCCUUAUCCAGAGCUGCCCAUGAACGACCAGUUCUACAAUGCCAUCAAGAGGGGUUACCGCAUGGCCCAGCCUCCCCAUGCCUCCGACGAGAUCUAUGAGAUCAUGCAGAAGUGCUGGGAAGAGAAGUUUGAGACUCGACCCCCCUUCUCCCAGCUGGUGCUGCUCCUGGAGAGGCUGCUGGGUGAGGGAUAUAAGAAGAAGUACCAGCAGGUAGAUGAGGAGUUUCUAAGAAGUGACCACCCAGCCAUCCUGAGGUCUCAAGCCCGCUUGCCAGGAUUCCACAGCCUCCGAUCUCCCCUGGACACCAGCUCUGUCCUCUACACUGCUGUGCAGCCCAAUGAGGGUGACAACGACUACAUCAUCCCUUUGCCUGACCCCAAGCCUGACGCUGCUGACGAGGGCCUCCUAGAGGGUUCCCCCAGCCUCGCCAGCUCCACCUUGAACGAAGUCAACACUUCCUCGACCAUCUCCUGCGACAGCCCCCUGGAUCUCCAAGAAGAGCCACAGGCAGAGCCUGAGGCGGAGUUGGAGCAGCCGCAGGGCUCAAGCUGCCAGGGACCUCAGGCUGAGGCAGAGGACAGCUUCCUGCUAAGCGCCUCCCUGAAGCGUGAGCCACUACGCGCCCCGACUGCGCUGGACUGCUGUGAGACCCUUGUCCUCUCUGGGUACCAGUUUUCUUUGCCCUUUGAAAAAUGA